AUGGACAGCCCCAGCGCCCCGGCCGCUGCCCCCGCCGCCACCUCCGGCGCCUUCGGCAUGGACAAGGCGUUCGGGCCGCAGCAGCCCCUGGGCGGCCGCCUCCUGGAGCCGGGGGACUGCGCCCAGGCCAGGAAGAACUUCAGCGUCAGCCACCUCCUGGACCUGGAGGAGGUGGCGGCCGCAGGCAGGAACGGAGGUCGCGAGCCCCGGGCCGAGCCCCGGGACGGCAGCCGGGGGCUACAGGAGCCGUCCGGGGGGAGCAGCGGCAGCGAGGCGGCGCCCCAGGACAGUGAGUGCCUCAGCCCCAGCAGAGGGGCUGCCAAGAGGAAGAAGAAGCAGCGUAGAAACCGAACCACCUUCAACAGCAGCCAGCUACAAGCCUUGGAGCGGGUGUUCGAGAGGACACACUAUCCUGAUGCCUUUGUCCGAGAGGAGCUAGCUCGCAGGGUCAACCUGAGUGAGGCCCGGGUCCAGGUAUGGUUCCAGAACCGAAGGGCAAAGUUCCGACGAAAUGAGAGAGCCAUGCUGGCCAACAGAUCAGCCUCGAUCCUCAAGUCUUAUAGCCAAGAAGCGGCCAUCGAGCAGCCAAUGGCACCCAGGCCAACAGCCCUGAGUCCAGACUAUCUGUCCUGGACAACCACGUCCCCCUACAGCUCAGCUGCUGGCAGCUCUGGGCACUCACACCCUCCUGCCAGAGAUGCACCGGCUGAUGGGGGCUCCAGAGCCAGUUGCGGGGGCAGCUCCACGCCUGUACAGAACAUCGAGAUGGGCUUGCCGCACGGUGCCGUCCUACAGCCCCGGGGGGACAGCCACUCCCACUCAGGGGGUCAACAUGGCCAACAGCAUCGCCAGCCUCCGCCUCAAAGCCAAAGAGUUCAGCCUGCAUCAGAACCAGGUGCCCACAGUGAACUGAAUGAUUCCCAGCAGCCCUCAACUAGGACUAAGCUACCUUUUUCUUAA